AUGCCACUUGAAACGUUGUCCAAGAGUUAUGAAGCCUACGAGAAAGCUUUUCAAGCCUUUUUGGACCACUCUACUGCCAGACAGUCAAUUGUGAAGUGUGUACAAGAUGGAACGAAGCGAGCGCUCGUGGCGAUUUCAUCUGUGUGUGACAAGAAUAAGCCGUUCAGGAUGUUAGGAAUUGGUAGCGGAAAGGGUGAAAUGGAUGUAUUGAUGAUCAACUCCGUAGCUGCGCAUUUGAAAGCUAACGAAACUGAUGUAAAACCCACUAUCCAUAGCGUGGUUGUGGAGCCGAGCUCAUUUCUUUUAGAGAAGUUUAAAGAAUCUGCCUCGUCAAUGCCAACUUCGCUGAUAGCAUUAGCUGAAAUAUCGUUUGAAUGGCGGCAAAUGACAUUUCAAGAAUACCAGCGCCUAAUCGCUGAUGACAAGAGUAAACCAUCCCUAGACUUCAUCCACUUUAUCCACAGCAUUUAUUACAUGGAUGCCGAAGAUGCUCUUCGAUCGUGCUUCAGAAAUUAUCUAGGAGAAAAGGGAGCCAUCUUAUGUCUCGUCCAAACCGAAGCCUCCUUCUUUGCUAAAGUGCAGAAGAAAUUUAAAGGAAAGCUCACCUUUGGAUCCGAGGAUAUGACCAUCUACACCAAAGAGGACCUCGCGGCGAUAGCAGCGAGGAGUACCGGAUGGUCCUAUGAUGAAAUAACACAAGAAUUUUCUAUUGACAUAACGAAGUGUUUUGGAGAGCCUUCAGAAGAGAGUGAUCUGCUCUUAGACUUUUUGACCCAUCAGAAAAACUUUCGAGUCACCGCAGAUCAGGGUUUGAAGGACGAAGUUAUGGAUUUCUUCCGAGAGUCAAUGGUGACGGACGAAAGUGGAGGAAAGUUUUUGAAAGCUGAAAUGGCUGCUGUAAUAAUUCAUAAGUAACUCCAUUGAAAGAGCUUGGACUGAAAGUCACAUUAAUUCCGCAAUCUUAUUAGCCUAACAAGACAUAUAAACCGACACACGACAGUUAUAUAUCUAUUUACAGCAUUUAUUUCAAAACUUUGUUUCUAGUGGUUGUGACCUUUUAGGAUAUUUUCUUCUUGAUAUAAGGUAAACGAGGACGAUUAUGGUGAAACAAAACAAAACUUAUCGAGUCACUAAACGUUACCAGCCGUGACUGUUUGUUGUAACGCUACUCACCUGACAUCUCAUAAAUCAUACACGGACUUGAGCGAGCAAAGGAAGCCGCUGUCGACUUUUUCCUUAAUCUAACUCUACGCAGCAGACAAGCCGCACAAUCCAUUCAAAGGAAGAUCUGGAACUAGAAAAAAACACUUAAAUACUUAAUUCACUCAGAAAUAUCGUAGACCGUAUUUUAUACCAUAGGUGUUUCCUCGAUUUGUAGUAACUAAAUAGAAAUUGGUCGAGGAUUGCGUCAUAUCUUGUGCUAAACACCUCGCGUGAGGUGAUUAAAGAAGGGGCGCUAAAUUUCAAAAUAGGUUCAUCGCGUUUUGUUAAUGUUACCGUGGAAGUUAUUGAUAAAUACGAUAGAAGACAAUUCACUUCCGAAGAGUGCAAAAGAGGCUAUCAGGUUUGGCGUAACAAUUUUCAAAUAUUCUUUAGAUAUUGAAUCAAAUAUUCAUCUUAAAUUCUGGUGGAGAUUGUCUGCUUAUCUCGAUACGAGUAAUCGAAACAAUUGUAAGAGGAUGGUUUCAAUAACAAAAAACAAAUUUACAACAGAAAUCGAAAGCACCCGAUAUAAGUAAUCAUACUAAAAACAAUUAUUCUCCUCAGGCCCAGGGAAUAUUGUGGAAUAAUCCCCUCGGCCUCGUCUCGCGGAUUAUGUGGCGAUUCACAUGUAACGUGAUCCCAUCGAUCCAUUUUAUUAAAAUUAGGUAAAAAUAUUUAUACAUUUUUUUUACUGUAGUUCAAACUGUUCGCAUCUUGGAACGGAUUAUAUCCGCGGACAAAUAUCAGUAAACAUUUUCCCGCCAAAUAGAGGCUAUUGUUUACAUGUAUCUGAAUAUGUAAAUAUGUAUUCACAGGCAAUUUCUUCGAAACCUAGAACAGUGAUAAAAGGUAAAAUGUGCUUGUCCUCUGUUAAACUUUCCAUUCAGAUGCCUUUCUUCUCUUUCACCGUGCGUGUGUAUUGACUGCCGCUUGGAUCUACACUACUCACUCAGUUUUGUUACAAGUGUAUAUUGCGCCAUUAUUUGUUUGUUUAUGGCGGGUUUUCUUGGUGCCUAUUCAGUUUUCAAGAUGGCUGCCUCAAAACAAACUCCAAAACUCGCAGAAAUAAGAUCACUUUUAAUUGAUUCGAAAAUAUUAAUAGGGGGGGGGAUAAGUUUUUAUCGCCUCUGGAACCCUCUUUACGUGCUGAUUUGAAACUCGCACGAACUCUCUGACGGCUGUACGAAACGAUAUGCCCUGGGAACGAAAGUGGAAAGGAAGUCUUUCACUUUCGCUUGUCAAAAUGGAAGUUAAACCUGGGUCAAUUCGGAGAAGUCUCGCUAAGGUAAGUUAUAGUGUAAUUAUGCAUGACUGAUCAUCAUUCAGUUCCUUUUUACUCCACAAUAUCUCUCUCUCUCUCUCACCUCGAAAACUUUCUUUCCUCUCCAAUGUCUAAAAACUUCAACAAAUCACCGACGGAAACUACAUGGGUGCAUGCACAUCACAGUGUAUGUGUGUAGUUUAGAGUUGUGUACAUGUAAUCGUGCUUCAUAACAUAAUUACAGUUACAGUAACGCGUGAGUAGUCAACCCCAUUUCCUGAUGAAGACUAGCAGAAAGCAGUCUAAACGCGGCGAACUACAUCUUAAGUGACUAUAUCGUGAGACAAACGAUUAAACAGGUUACUAUUACUUAGCACCACGAUGAGCAAUAACAUCUUUUAUGAUAUAAAUUUAUGACUUGCUCUCUUAGUAUGAAUUUUCCAAGCUCUGUAAAGCUGACGUGUUAGAAGUACUCAAACAUUAUCCUACCCUACUGCCAUCUCAAGAUAAGUUUGGUAAGUGAUCUCAGUUCUGCAAUAAUAACUAUGCAGUAAAAGAAAAUUCUAAUCCUGUCUUUUCAAAACUGCAGUCAACAAAUUUAAUCUUUAUCAAAUCACUUCUGAAGAAAUUGAAAUUUUAUGAGAGAAAACCUGUGUGCUUUGCAAAUUCGUAAUGCAAUAUUUAUAACCCAUUUUUUUUAUUAGAAAUAUUUAAUUGAAAAUGGGUCUCAAUGUACUGUAUAACUUAAUUGAGAACAUUGAAAGCCACAAUUUGGUCGAAUAUGUCAUAUUUUCAAAUGUAGUAUUUCUAUAAUACUGUACAUCUUGGGACAAUUCGGCCAAUGUUACCUCAAUUUCAUUUGAUCUCAAUUACCUGCCUAAUUAGUAUGAUGUAGCACAUUCAAGUUUGCAUGUUCUCACAUAACAAUAUUGGUUACAAAGUUAUGUUUGAUUUAAUUGUCACAUGCUAUGACCAAGUUGGGAACUCUACGACUUAAGUUGCACAUUAAUUUUUGGGUUCUAAUGGAAGUCAGGUACUGGUGAUAUCUUACGUAACCAUACCAGAUCAGUAGCAGAUCCAGACCUUGAGUUAAGGGGGGGGGGGACCUGGUUUUUUGUUGCUUUUCUUCCUUCUGCAACUCUCUUUUUUUACCCAAAAUAAGGGGGAGCCCAGGCCCGCCUUGGGCCCUUCCCCUAGAUCUGCCAUUGUAGAUAGACCUCUUACAGCCUGCUGUGAAGAGUAUAGCAGAAUGUGAUGAAGUCUUAUGUGUGCAAAGCUAUCCUGCCUUGUUAAAUGUAUAGUAAGAAAAAAAAAUAUGCUCUUGCAUAUGCCAUACUCCGCUGAUAGGCUUACAGCUGUUUGCCAUUCUAGAUAUUUACUGAAUUAAAUAUUUAUUCGGAUUCGUAGAGCUAGCUCAUAUUUGAUGGAAACAGCAACCUAGUUUUAUCAUUGCAGGUAAUAUAUAUCUAAUGGAAAAGCUUUUGAAAUUUGCACAUGCAUACUUUAUUAAUUCCUUACCUUAUUUAACCUGCAGUGUACAAUGAUGGAAGAGAAGUUCAAUUAUUUAAUCUAGAGGGAACAAUUCCAGUUCUAAUCAGAGGUGAGAUUGGAUUUAUGUCAACCAGUUUAUACACAGUGUGAUUUGGUUUUAUCAAGUAAGCUGAUAAUGUAAGUUGGCCAUAAUGGCCAUUGGCCUAUUUAUGUCAGCUGACUUGCUCUGUCUGAAAAAUUAUGAUAUUACCUUAGAGGCAGUCUUCAGACUUCUUGAUAUAAAUUCAUUGUUUUUGUCAGGUGUGACAUACAACAUUCCAGUGCAACUUUGGCUGCAGGAAAGACAUCCUUAUGUUCCACCAUUAGUAUUUGUCACACCAACAAGUACAAUGGCAAUCAAGCCAUCUCCACAUGUGGAUACCAAUGGCAAAGUUUACCUUCCCUAUCUACAUGAAUGGAAACACUCUUCUCAAGUAUGUUUGCUUACCAAUAUACAUUUUUGUGUGUAAAAUGAUGGUCUUUUUUCUCACAAAUAUUUAUCCAAUAUUAUUUUUUGCAUCAUUGAACUUCCUUUGUGUGGAAGAUGAUUUGAAUGUUGGGUUACUCUAUAAUUUAAAAUAUAUAUUUCUAUAUUUAUGUGUAAAUUCUAUAAAGCUGAAAUUCCGCUUAAUAGUGAGCACAUUAAAAAAUGAAAAGGAGAAAGAGAGGAAACAGGGUUUGUUUGGGCCCUGGAAAACCUGCUAAGUUGUGGAACUUUAUUUUGACAUUUUCAAGGAUUGUUAAGUCCUGAAAAAGACUACAGGCCCUGGAAAGUCCUGGGAAUCUGCUUAACUCAAGCAAUAAAGUUUACAGAAUUUUUGCUGUAAGAAAUGAAUGAAAACCAUGGGGAAAAUUGAUUUUGAAAUCUUAAGAAUGAAAGGGUUUAGGGUGAAAUUUGGAGUACUGAAAAAAAAAAUCUGAGUCACAGAAAUUUCCUGAAAAAGGUUUUAAAAUUUGUUUCUGAAAAAGGGUAUGAAACCGGAAGAAAAACAAACAUCAGGAAAAACAUAUUUUGAGUUACAACUUAGAUAUUAGUCAUCCACAGGCAAAUAAAAGAAGAAAAUUGAAAGACAAGGUGCAGGUCUUUUAUAGGGAACCAAACAUUAAAGUGAAAUUUCAAAAUCCCUCUAUUUCUAUGGAAACUCAUCAUAGUAUAGACAGGAAAUCAUAUGAAGCCAUAGGCAUGAUAUUUAUCAAAAGUGUCAGGACUGUUAACUACAAAUGAGAUUUUUAAUACUCCUUAAACCUGAGCAGUAAAUUUUGCUUUAAUCUUGUUAGAUUUUAGUCACUUGUUAAAAAGCAGCAGAUUUCUACAACUUAAGACUAUUAUUUUCCUUUCCCAACUUGGAAAAAAGUGGUGGUAGAGUGUUCAUCCACAAUGUCUCAUGAUAGAGGUAAAAUAUCUAUGGGCUGGUUUACAAUUAAAAGAUACUCCGAGGUUUAAUGCACUGGCUGAUGAUUUAAUAUGUUUUGUUCAAUAUUAAACUUGUAAGUGUCAUAUUCCCUUUUACAGGGCAAAUCUGAUCUUUCAACUCUGCUUGAAACUCUUAGUGGAGUGUUUUCUUUACAGCCACCAGUUUUUUCACUCAUGCCAGAUACAAGUACGUAUGCAAUAAUGGCUAGCUCAAAGUGAUUUUGUACUUAUGUAGAGAGUAAUUUUACAUAUCUUUUGAUAUUCUUUGUCGUCAUGCUUUAAGUUAUGUUUUUGAUGAAUGCAAUUCUAUUAAUUGCGUCUGAUUUAUUCCAUAUACGUGGCUUAACAUUUAUCUGUUCCUCUGGAACAUGAGCCUACCAGACCACAGGAUCUGUUGUGUCCUCCUAAUUAUCUCAUGUUUUUCUGCGGUUAUGAACUUUAGAGCUCUCAAAGCAACAGCUCUUUGUCUACCAAAAAGAAAACAACAGUGACAAAACAAAAUAUAACAAAAUCAAAAAAAACUAACUUGGCUCGUGGCCUUUUAGAACGCGCGCAUUUCGGCUCCUGGUUAACAAUACUUCACAUUUUUACCUCCUGCCCAGUGACCCAGUCGCAACAAAUUGGAAAUUCACGGUCUAACUUGCUGGAGGUGAAUUCCUCUAUACCAAGAAGAGCACCUACAACAGAAGAAAAUAUUGUUUUACAAAGGCGGCUUAUGACGGCAGAACAACAACUGAGAGUGAAAAGUGAAGAACUAGGCCAGCAGCGGACACAUUUCCAAGCACAGCUUCUAGAAAAAGAAGUGGAAAUGUCAAGCGUGCAGAGACAGUUGAGGGAGAUAUCACAGCAGCUUGCAGACGUCCAAGGGCAGUUACAACAAAGAGAUCAAGAAGCUAAUAAUUUGCAGAAUCAAGUUACUGCCUUGGAGAGACAGCUGAGGAUUAAAGAUCAAGAAGUAAAUGAACUGGAGAUAUCUCUUUCAACAACGCAGCAAGUUUUAAAUGAAAAUCCACGCCAACAGGCACAUGAAUGGAUCAUAUCACGCGAUCAAAUUCAACUUACAGAUAAGUGCCUUGGGAGGGGAGCCUGGGGAAGUGUUGUCGAAGGAAAGUAUCGUGGAUGUGUCGUAGCCGUCAAACAAAUCCACGAGAUGAUUCUGUCCCCUCAUAAUCGGAGAUUAUUCGAGCGAGAAAUGAACAUUGCCUCACGAUGCCGCCAUCCGUGUUUGCUGCAGUUCAUUGGAGCAACAAACGACGAAGGAAGUCCUCUCUUUGUCUCAGAGCUCAUGGAAUCGAGUUUACGAGCAUUGUUAGAGCAACAAUCUCUUUCCAGUACUGAAGUGUCUGUUAUUUCUCUGGAUGUAGCUCUAGCAUUAAACUACCUUCAUUUAAAAGAACCAUCUCCCAUAAUUCACCGUGAUAUCAGCAGUGCCAAUGUGUUGCUAUGGCGACAAGCUAACCGAUGGCGAGGCAAACUGUCAGAUUAUGGAACUGCUAACUUUAUGCAGCAGACUAUGACAGUAGGUCCUGGUGCUAUUAUUUACAGUGCACCUGAAGCCCACACUAAAAGUCAAACUGUGAAGGUAUGUCUGGUAUAUAUCAGUUUUAAAGUCGUCCACGAGCCAUUUUAUUAGGACUCAUGAUGAGAUUUUGAUAAAAUGAACAUAAACUUUCCUGAGAGGUAUCCACUGGUUAAAAUUAUGGAAAAUACUUCGGCAUACUAACGAAACUUAGGAUUAGCAGUUUCCAAGGCGCUCCGCCAAAGCGAUAUAUUUUUUUACUCUUCUUGUCUAUUUAUUUUGUUUCAAGGUCGAUGUGUAUAGUUUCGGAGUUCUCCUUUGUGAGAUUUGCAUCCGGGAAUUGCCAGAUCCUGACAGGCGUGACCAGCAGGUCGCCAUGGUGACAGACCGCACUCAUCGAGGUCUCAUCCGUCGAUGUAUUCAUCAAGAUCCUGAGGUGCGACCCAGUAUGGAGGACAUCAUUGAAGAACUAGAACAGCUAGUCUAAGAAAGGUUUUUACAUGAUCUAAUGUAUGACCACUUAUCAUUCUUUUGAAUUUUGGCCAUUUCACGGAACGUGACAGAACUCUCACAUUGCCAAAACUGCUUCUCAUUAUAUUGCCACGUUUUAUACAGAUCGAUAAAAUUUAAUAUCCUUGGACAGAAAGAAUCUUUUACUUUUUAUAAUUGCUUUUAUUUUUGGUCAAAUUUACUGUAACAGUUGUUCAAUUUUAUAAGCCAACGCUUGAUAAAGUAAGAAAGAAGCUUCAGCGAGUCAAGGCUUACUGCCCGAGACUCUUUUUUUCAGCAAUGCUGUAAUUGUAUUUAAAUAGGUUUAUUAAUUGGAAUAAGUAGACUUGAUAUUGAAGUGAUAUUGGGACCGAAGAACCCCUGUUUAGAGUUACCGCAAAGGUUUUUAAGCACAGUUAAACCUGUGUUAAGCGGUCACCCACGGGGGUGGUUUGGUGACCGCUAAAUACAAGUUGACCGCCUCAUACAGGUUCCAUAGAAUAGGGUAUUUUGCAAAAGAAAAGGAAAAACAAAACGUCAUUUUAUGCCUUAAUUGACACAGAAGUUCGUUCAAUAAUUUUACUAACAUUGAUACAAUGGGAUAAAUAUGGAUUAAAUUUUACGUGAAAGAUUAUUCCUAGUGUUAUUUAGUGUUUCCUUCUUAAGUUACCGUUCAGGACAGGUAGAAGAAAAAGCAAACAGGCCGUUGGUACCAAGGAAAAGGUAACCACUUAAUAAAGGUGAAAAACACAGCAGUUAUGGGGAACAAAUUUCAGGACAUUGAGUACCGACCGCUAAAUACAGGGAACCGCUUAAUAUGGUGCCGCUUAAUACAACUUCAACUCUAUUUGAUAACAUCCUGCAUAGGACACUGUUAUGCUAUCUAAAUAUGUUGAUAAUGUAGUUUAGGUUGUUAUAAUAUUAGAAUAAAAUUGUGACUGGAUGGACCCGGUUGGGAGUCGCAAUGAAGUAUGUAUGUAUGUAAAAGCAUCCUGCAAGUAUAAGACAAUGUUGUUUAUUAUCUACUCUAGCUUUUAUUUCUUUGCGGAUAAUUUUUUUUAUGGCAGCAGUUUUUUUUCUUCUUUCUUUUGGGUUUUUUUCCAUUUUUUUCUCCAUAUUUUUAGACUUUCAGUUUAGAAAAUUUACGUUUUUUGAAAAUUUACGAAAGCUCACUGGCUAGUGCUAGACUUGCGUUCUCACGUCAGGAUUGUAGCCAGCAAUCGUAACCACUACCGAAUGCCUAGAGAACCAAGGUAGAACUAGUUAUUUAAGUGAACGAUUGUU